ACAACGCUUUCGAAAGAACCCUGUUUCUGCUGUCACAACGUUGAGGGGUGAACCGACUGCGAGUGGGUUUUCUUCAUUGUGGGAAAAAAGAAGUUUUUGGAGAAGAAGUCAAGCUGACUGAAGCCACCAACUGGAAUGGCCUGCCAGAGACGGUUUCCCUUCUAGGGUGCCCUGGGUGGGAGGGAGCAAGUACCAAACGAAUCAAUCCUGUCUCUAAUGAUGCAGGCAGAGGAUAAGAAGGACAAGAAAAAGAAGGUGAAUCUGAAUUCGAGAGGUGUAACAGAUGAAUACUGUUUAAGAGAGCGACCAAAAGAGGAUCCUGCAAAGAUGAAAAAUAAGGUGUCUACAUCACAAGUGAGCGGUAAGAGGAGACCGUGGUCAUGGGAACAGUACCUGGGGGAGGUGAUGGCCAUCGCAGCACCCUUGCGCCUCUUCACUGAGUACCAGUCGUUCCCCCAUGGCCGGAGCAGCUUCAGAGUGGGGAUGCGGCUGGAGGGCAUUGACCCGCUGCACCCCUCCAUGUUCUGUGUGCUGUCUGUGGCCGAGGUGAUUGGCUGCCGGUUGCGACUACACAUAGAUGGCUAUUCGGAGUGCUAUGACUUCUGGGCAAAUGCAGAUUCUCCUGACAUCAGACCCGCUGGCUGGUGCGAGGAAACGGGUCACAAACUCCAUCCCCCGAAGGGGUAUAAAGCAAAUGAGUUUCACUGGGAGAAAUACCUGGAGGUCUGCAAUGCCCAGGCCGCACCAAAGAACCUGUUUAAAACCCAAAACAACACAUCAACCACCUUGAAGUUUCAAGUGGGCAUGAAGUUGGAGGCGGUGGACAGGAAGAACCCCUGUCUGGUGUGCGUGGCAACGGUUGCCGACGUCACGGACAACCGCUUCCUGGUUCACUUUGACAACUGGGACGACACAUACGAUUACUGGUGUGAUGCCAGCAGCCCCUACAUUCAUCCAGUGGGAUGGUGUCAGGACCAUGGACGCCCUCUCACGGCACCUCAGGGACACCCCAACCCAGAGCAUUUCCUUUGGGAGGAGUACUUAGAAGACAAUGGCGCCUCUGCAGUUCAAAGCCAGGCCUUUUGUAUGAAACCUCCCCACAACUUUCAGGUGAACAUGAGGCUGGAGGUGGUGGACAAACGGAACCCCAUGCUGAUCAGAGUAGCCACCAUCGCAGACACAGAGGACUACCGGGUCAAGAUCCACUUCGAUGGCUGGCAUGAGAAGUUCGAUUUCUGGGUGGACUCCGACCUGCCCGACCUUCAUCCCGUCGGCUGGUGCGCCCGCACAGGUCACCCUCUGGAGCCCCCCCUCACAAACACAGGACUUUCUGACCUCAAGAGCUCUGUCACGCAGGGAGUGUGUCCUACGCCAGGGUGCCGGGGUGUGGGUCACAUCAAAGGCGCAAAAUACACAGGACACCACAGUGCCUUCGGCUGUCCCUACUCGGACAUCAACAUGAAGAAGGAGGUGGUGCUGCCGGAUCGGCUGGGCGGGGAGAAGCAGAUCACCUUCGUGCCGGUGCACUUCGUCCAGAAGACCAAGAGGCUGUGCGCCGAGGAUGAGGAGUACGGCGAGGAGGAGGAGGAGGAGGAUGAAGAGGAGGAGGAAGGAGGUCACAUGGACUCCAGGGCGGUGUUGGCGGGUUACGAGGGGGCGAGUCGUGUGAGAGGGCGCUACUCGUCGUCGGGGGGUCCACGCUCGGCCGCCCAGGCGCUGGUGAAGAGCGAGCCCGGAGACGAGCCCUCUCCUCAGGGACACAAGCUGCUCUCGCCCCUCGGCAAGAGGGGACGGCUACCCAGCAGACUUGCCCAGUCAACAAAGUAUCUGCGAAUGAAAGAAGAGGAGGAUGAGGUGGAGGUCAACAACAUGAUGACGGGAGGGCGUAAUGUCGACAGUCUGCAGCAGGCGCUGCACCAGUCGGUCUUCCUGUCUGCGAUGUCGGCCCACCCGGGUAAGGACCUGCCGCUGUGCUGGGAGCAGCACUGCAAGCUGCUGCCGGGGGUGGCCGGCGUCCAGGCCAGCCGCGUGGCCCACUGGACCGUAGACGAGGUUGCUGACUUCAUCCACUCUCUACCAGGCUGCAUUGAACAGGCCAAGCAGUUCAGAGAAGAGCAAAUCGAUGGCAAGGCCUUCCUGCUCCUGACCCAGAGAGACAUCGUGAAGAUCAUGAGCGUGAAGCUGGGCCCGGCCCUCAAGAUCUACAACUCCAUCCUGAUGUUCAAGCACGCCGAGGACGACCAGUCCUCCAGCAGCCACGUCAAAAACACAUGAGCGUUUCCCAAGGCGAAAGAGGAAAAACAUAAAACACAUACAGACAAUACACAAACCCCUGCAAAAAAAGAACAAAAAAAUGAGUUUAGCUAGGUUACCAUACAACCUCCCCUCUCUUCCCCCUUUACUUCUUAACAUGUAUGUGAUAACACACAUAGGUCGACCAUAUAAUGUUUCAUUCCGAGACCCAUUCAUUCCCUUACUGUGUACAGGUACUUUAACCUUAAUAAAAAGUCAUAGUGGACUUUGCCAAGAGAGGCGCUGUCCCCCGAACACAAGUCUCGACUCGCACGUAGGUCCUAGUGUCUUCUCUCCUUAUGAUGAACUUAGUUUCCGAUAUCUGCCUUUUUGAAAAAGACGUCCAAACAGACCGCAAGGUGCAGAGGUCAAGUCCUUAACCCGCCCGGCACACAUAAACGCACACAAUACAGCACAGGUGUUUUUAUACAUCCUUUUUAAUAACCCAUGUCAUGUUUCUCACACUAUAACUCAGAGGUUCGGACAUGUGACAAUCAAGUAUAAACUCUCAUAACCAUACAGACGAAAAACUACUAUAGCAAUCAUCCAGGCACUCUUCUGUUCUCUCGGGGAGUAUUCAAGGUGCUAUUUCUACUCAAUAAAAUCCAAGCAGUCCACAGAGCAUGGCUGGACUUCAAAACACAAUAAUGGUACAUUAUUUUGACCACGCCUACUGACUUUAAAGUUAUGUGAGGUUUCCCGCUGUGUCGUCUUUUUUUUCGUUUGUCUUAUUUGACACUUAUUCUAUUUUGUAUAAAUGUCGUGUAAUUUCACUGUACCUGUUGAUUCAACGUUAUUUAUUGUGUAAAACCCAAAGGUGUUUUUGCACAGCUGAAGGAAAAUAAUAAUAUAUGUCUACACAUUUUGAAAUGCCAAAAUUUGUUUUAAAAUAAUUAUCAGAAUUUAUUUUCUAAUAUAUUGCACAUUAGAGCAAUCUAAAACAAGUGCUACAAUUGUCAAAAACAAGAGGAAACGAUAACAUCCGGUCCAAAUGAGUCCAAUAUUUUUUGUUUGUUUGUUUGACAGGUCAUUGUAAUUUAAAGUAGCUUCAAAACUCUUUGAAGUCCUACAGUAUGACUGGUGUUAUCCUCCUCAACUCUACACCUUAUUAUUAUGUAUUUACUUAGCUUUUUAUUUCUAUUGCCGUAGACCAGGACCAAUAUCAUUGUUCAACUGUGAGUUCUGAGCUCCUUGGGGCCUGAAAUGUCCAGACUCCAGCCCUCGCUCUCAGAAUACUUGUUCUGUUUCAGAGCAACUUUUCGUAAUGAUUUAUUUAAGAAACUUGUAAUAAUGCACAAUUAAUUAAAAAAACAUAUUGAAAUAUAUAUAUAUAAGUAUAUAUUUGCUAUAAAUCUUGUCUAUUAGUGUAACUAUAAGAAGAUUAUUUUGUUUGCUUCUUCUGCUUUUCCUUGUACAUGUGGUCACCGAGAGCCAGCCAAACACCAAUGAAAUGGAUGAGGAAUGUGAAAACAGCAAUUGUCCUUAAUGUUAGUUUUGAGGGUUCUGUGCUUCUUUUUUUUUUUUGCUUACCUACCUGGGGCCAUGUUUAACCCAAAAAUGAAGAGCAUCUGGAACCUUGUAUUCUGAUGCGUUUUUCUUUUCUUUUUCUUUUUUUUUUAACUGCUGUGCCGUGCAAGACUGCUGUUUUAGUGCAUGGGAUAACCUACAGGAACAACUCAAUGCAACCUCUCUGCUCUGCUGAUGGAAAGAAAGAAAGAAAGAAAGAAAGAAAGAAAGAAAGAAAGAAAAAGAAAGAAAGAAAAAAGAAAGAAAACAGCAACAACCUUGAGACAACCGAAACUGUUGUGUACAUAUUUGUAAACCCUGUUUCUUACACUGAAUUUACACUUUGUGAAACCAAAUGGAUUCAGAUCACGACUACACAACCCAAAUAAACUGUAGAAACUCUC